AUGGCACCUGCGAAGCGACUGGAUUUGAGCAGCCCCUACCGUGGCAACGAGAGCUCAUCGGCUUCUUCAUCGAGUGACGAACACGGGCAGCAGUCAACGACGCAGGUGCCCGAGGAGGAGGAGGAAGCUUCGAGCUCUGACGAUGAUUCAGAAAAGGACUUCGAGAUUCCACCGGGUUUCGAGAGUGUCAAGGGCAGCGGAGCUAUGACACGUGAGGCGGUGAUCAAUACAGACCAAGAGCUCUGGUUUUUCAAGCUACCCAAGAGCUUGGAUGCGUCGGCACUCGCCAAUGUAACAAUCAAAGUCGAGGAGGAACAUGCGAUCGUGACACCUGGAAAGCUGCUGGCUGAAGUCACGGCCAGUCAAGACAACAAGAAGUACUUGCUACAGAGCGAGGACCGCAUGCUUACGGACCAGCUCGUGAAUGCACUGCCACUCGCCUCGGAUCGUGCUCGCUUUGUGCUGGGCAAACCAUUCUCGCGUUGUUUUUCGCUGGUGGAAGACCGGUUUGAUGCGCCGUCAACGGGAUCAGAGAAGAGGACGAUGGCGGUAGUUGACCCCAUAUCGCCUGUCGUAGAGAAGCGCCACAAAAAACACUUGUCAGACAAGAGCGAGAAGCAUAGGUCGAAGAAAGCGAAGCACAAGAAGUAA